UGCGUGGUGUAUGAAAUCAAACGCACCCUGUUUUUUUCAGUGGAUAGUCUCUCAGCAGACCAAUCACAGACAGCGGUGAUGUAAACAAGGAAAUUGCGAAUGCAACCGAGAGCAAACAACAGAAACAAGAAAGGAACUUCUAAUAUCUUUAUGGGAACAAGGUACAAUUUCGCUUUCACAUACGACAUUUUAGGAUAACGACUUGCUCUAUAGUUGACAUUUCUAUGUCUACAUCGGCGAAAUAUUGUGUAUAAUUGAAUGGAGGAACGCCAAAAGAAGAUACUUCAGCGCAACAGGACCAGUCUGGUGAGAGAUUUGGACCCAUCAAACCUUUAUGAUGGCCUUAUUGAAAAGGGAGUUUUUACCCAAGACAUGAUCGAUGAGAUCAAGAGCUCAGGGACCAGACGGGAUCAGGCCAGGCAGUUGGUCCGGGACUUGGAGACCCGGGGGAGUCGAGCCUUUCCGUUAUUUCUGGAGUGCCUUCAGGAGACAGGACAGCACAGUUUGGCAGAGCUCCUUCAGAAUGGAGCUCCAGCAGUUCAGCUCCAGCCUGCAACUCCCACCCAGACUGUACGCCCUGUUCUCCAGCCUCUGCCAGUGUCCUCUCCUAUGGAUGUCGAUAAGAGAAUAAAAGAUGCUGUCCCUGUCCAUCCAAUAUCAAGACCAAGUACCACUCCUACUCCAUCACCUGAAAGGGAGUACUUAAGACCGAGGCCACAAGAAAGAACUCGACGAGAUAGUAUUCAGAGCUAUAAAAUGGAUGCCAGCCCAUGUGGACAUUGCCUCAUCAUAAACAACGUAGAGUUUGAACCUGAGAGCGAGCUGAGCAAUCGCAAAGGCUCCAACAUAGACUGUGACAAACUGGAGAGUAGAUUCAAGGCACUCAACUUUAUUGUGGAAGUUAGGACCAACUUGAAACAAAGACAAAUCAAACAUGAACUGUCAUCUUUAUGUAAGAAGGACCACUCACAAUUUGACUGCUGUGUGGUUAUCAUGCUGUCCCAUGGGACUGAGGUGAGUCACAACCGCUUCCCUGGAGCUGUGUAUGGUGUGGACGGACUGCAUGUCCCAGUUCAGCUCGUCACAAACUACCUCAACGGCCAGCAUUGCCCAUCUUUACAGGGCAAACCCAAACUGUUCUUCAUCCAGGCAUGUGGAGGAGGUGAAAGAGACACAGGCUUUGAGGUGUCCCCUGACGAGGUUGAACCCUCUCACGGUGGAGCGGAUGAUCAGACGGACGCCAUCCCGAUGUCGUCCAGCAGUGACUCUCUGAGCAUGUCUGAUGAACCGGACGCCAGAGCCACGCUGCCCACCCCCUCUGACAUCCUGGUGUCCUACUCUACCUUUCCAGGUUAUGUUUCCUGGAGAGACACCCAGUCAGGCUCCUGGUACGUGGAGACACUCAAUCGUAUUCUUGAGGAAAAUACUGCUACUUAUGACUUGGUCACCAUGUUGAUGAUGGUCAACCAUGAAGUCUCUCAAAACUCCGCAAAAGGGCUCUACAAGCAAAUGCCUGGUUCCUUUAACUUCCUCCGCAAGCAUCUCUACUUUCAAAGCCAAGCAUAGCGGAGAGGUUCCCCUUCACAUUUCUCAGUGUCACUCGCAGGACUUGCAUGGAUGUAAUUUCAAAGAUUCUAAGGGUUUAUUGUCAUAUGCACAAAAGAUUGAGUGUAGUUGUUGGUAAUGGAAAUCUUAAGGCUCAGGCUGCUCAAACAAUGCAUCAUACAAUACAUAAAAAUGAAAACAGUGCAAAUAAUAUCAUUGUCCAAUUGGGAUUUCUUGUGAAGUGUAUUAACUUGAUAAAUUGUUUUUACUGACACAAUCAUGUCUUACUGUACAUUUUAUUAUUUGUCUUAUCUUGCAAUGUUUCCUUUUUUUUUUUACAUUUUGGGUAAUGGUGUAACUGUGGAAAGAAAAUAUUAAUAUACAGUGAAAAUGUUGUCCAGGUUAGAGGUUUGGUGUUUUAUUGACACAUAGCAGCUGUCAAAUUUCAAGAGCAGACAAUCAACGUCACGUUUAAUUUUCACUCUGCAAGUUAAUAUUAAAUACUUUGCUGUCUCAAGUCUCUUAAGUAUAAUGUUUUUUAAUAUAAAAUGGGAUUUUCGGGGAGUUUUUAUAUGAAAAUAGUAGUGGAGGCAAGAACAUUUUCUUAUUGACUGGAUAUUAUGGAAUAAAACCGUUCAUAAACAAA